AUGAAAGCUGUCAUCUAUACUGGCGAAAACAAGAUUUCGGUCGAGGAUCAACCGAAGCCAGUUAUUUUACAACCAACUGAUGCCAUCAUCAGGGUCCUUCACACCACCAUCUGCGGAACUGACUUGCACAUUCUCCAAGGCCACGUCCCGUCAUGUACCCCCGGUCGAAUCUUGGGCCACGAAGGAGUUGGCGUUAUCGAAUCCCUGGGUGCUGAUGUCACGAACUUCAAUGUUGGCCAAGUGGUAGUUAUCUCUUGCAUCACCAGCUGUGGGAACUGCCAUUAUUGCCAGAGAAAGAUGUCAUCCCAAUGUGAAACCGGUGGCUGGAUACUUGGAAACGAGAUCGAUGGGACCCAGGCCGAGUACGUGCGUGUUCCUCACGCCGCAUUCUCGCUGCAUCUGCUACCAGAGAGCAUCGACCAGAAAGUGGCUGUCACUCUAUCUGAUACCGUCCCGACCUCGUAUGAGUGUGGAAUUCUGAAUGGUGACAUCAAGCCAGGCUCUACCGUGGCAAUCAUAGGAACCGGUCCGAUAGGCUUGAUGAUCCUACAAAUGGCGAGAAAGCUGUUCAGUCCGUCGUUGACGGCGGUGAUAGGCAGAAGCCAGGGUAGAAUCGAAACAGCCAAGUCGAUGGGUGCCGACCAAACCUUCAGUGUUCUUGGCGGAGAGGAAGCUGCAAUUACUGCAGCUCGGUCUGCGACGAAGGGGCGAGGCUUCGAUGUGGUUAUUGAGGCAGUGGGAACACCCGAGUCUUUCAGCACUGCACAAGCACUGGUGGGUGCUGGCGGAACUAUUGCCAGUUUGGGUGUCUUCGGCGAGUCAUGCGAGUUGCACUUGGAGAAGCUUUGGAAUCGCAAUAUAUGCUUGCGGACGCGACUCGUUGAUGCUACCAGUACUCCAGAUAUCCUCAAAAUGGUCCAUGACGACGCUAUAGAUCCGCGAUUCCUGAUCUCCCAUAACUUUUCAUUCGAUGAUAUCUAUGGCGCGUACGAAGCAUUCGAAGCACCCUCCAAGCAUGGUACCUUGAAAGUUGCGGUGACCAUGUCUCAGAAGGUGGUCAAUGGCUCUCGAUGA